CCCCGCCGGCUCCUCCAGUGCGUCUUGCAGUCCUGGCCGCGCCGGUAGUCCCCGUGGCGUCACUGAGUGUCGGUACCGAGUGCCCGCGGCCCGUGCCUCGCCCUCGGCCGCCCUGGUCGCUGCGCCCCUAGGAUGGCCCCGAGGCGACCGCGCCGCCGGACUAACGCCGUACAUAGGGUCAGGGUCAGGAGAAGUUCCCCUGCUAGCGUGUGUGUGAAGUGCUAGUGAGUGUGUGCUACGAAAAGCUUGUGGUGGAGAGCAGUGAGUGCUAGUGCGGUGGACGUCAGGUCCUUGUGAGUUCUCAGAGCCAGUUGUGGGAUUACAUCGCCGUCAUCAUGAGAACGCCAGUGCUGUUGGUAGUCGCGCUGUUACUUUUGGCACCAUGCGUGCGACCAGAAGAGGGCGAGUCAACUGAUCGACUGGACGACUUCAGCGACAUUUCACUAGACGACAAUGAAUCGGAAUCCGCAGCAGCCGACCUCUCGCACCUGUCGGACGACGAGUUCCUCGCGGGCGACGGCGACGUACCCGGCCGCCGGCCCGGGGAGCAGCCGGCCUCGUCGGCGGCCGCGGACAAGUCGGCGCUCAUGCUGCGCGUCAUGGGCGCAGCGCUCAAGCGGCCCGGCAUGACCCAGCGCUUCGGCCAGAUCCUGCCCAUCCUGAGGGUCAUGAGCCCGCCGCAGCGGCUCGCGCUCGUGUCGCUCGUCAUGCAGCAGGCCAUGGUGCCCAGGGACGUGCCGGACCCACCCCUCGAGAUGGCCAUGCGGCUCGGCGCCACCCCCGACGGCAGCAGCAACCUCACGUCGCAGCUGCUGCUGCCGCUGAGCGCCGACAUCGCCCACAUCUUCCGCGGCACCGGGCUCGAGGACAACGUGCAUCAGCAGGGCGCGCCGCAGCCGCCGCCCCAGGGCCGCAGCGCAGGCGGCCACCCCUACCGGCCACAGAUGCCGCGGUGGAGAGGCGCCGGGGUCGCCCCCGCAGCCCCUGCCGCCAUGCCCCCGCCCCUGCUGGGGCCGCGGCCGCCUCCGCCCCCGCCGGCCCCGCAGGAGGGGGCCCAGACACAGCGACCGCAGCGACGCUACGGCGAACUUGACCGCCAGCAGCCGCCCCCGGGCCCGCAAGGCCCCCCAGGGGUGAACAGGAGGAACGCCCACGUGCCUCCCAGCACAGACAUGGUGCCGCCGCCGCCGCCGGGACGCGUGGCGCCCACCACCUUCCGCCCCUUCAGCGCCGCGCCCAGCACCACCACCACCGGGCUGCUGGGCGACCACCACGGCUGCAACCUCUUCUCCGACACCGUGUGCGCCAGCGUGGACCACUACCCCGAAGACGCCAUCCUGGCCAGCAUCCACGCCGACAAGCACACUGUGGACGCCCUGCUGACCGACAAGCUCCCGCCGGCCCAGCCCCCAGCCGUGGGCCGCUCCGUGCCGCUGGAGGCGCAGAGGCGCCAGGAUGACGACUACCCCUCGGACUCGCCCCAGGAGCUGGACAGCCAGGACGGCGCCGAGGACACGCACCUCUGCCCCUCCGUCAUCAAGUACGCGCGGCCGCAGCGCGCGCGCGCCACCAGCGGCCAGUGGAAAUUCAUCGUCAACACGGCCGAGCACACGCAGACGCUGCGCCUCGAGAAGUGCACGCGGCUGGAGGAACCCUGCCAGUACAUGUCAGACAAGGUGCGGUCGCACUGCACCCAGGUGUACAACUACCACCGCCUUCUCACCUGGGACAGGGAACUCGGCCUGCACAUGGACAUCUUCAAGGUGCCCACCUGCUGUUCGUGCCAGGUCAUUAAGUCACCGUUCAUCACGUCCAACUCGGUAGCCCGUCGGCCCCCCUCCCUCGGCCAGGUAGGUCAGUCCUUCGCCGGGAGUCAGCCCGUGCCGUCCUACCAGCAGCAGAAACAGCAGCAACAACAGCAACAACAGCUCCAGCAGAAACAGCAGAAACAACAGCACCUACAGCAGCUGCAGCAGCAACAGCAGCAGCAGCAGCAGCAGCAGCAGCAGCAGCAACAGUACCUACAGCCGAUCACUGACUACUCCCACCAGCACGAGUCUGUAGUCGCGUCUGAAACAGGUCGCCCUGCCCACCCGCAGUACGCGCUCAAGCCCUUCAGCCAGCAGGUGGAAGAGUCGAGACCAGUGCGGGACUCGGUGCGCGACUCGCUCCGGGACACGGGGCGCGACCCGUCACCAACCAGGACGUCGACGGGCUCAAAGCCGACCUGGCCGUUCCGGAGGGCGGCCACCAGGCGGCCCCCGGUGCAGCAGCAGCAACAAGGUGGCCAGGGGCACGGGCCGCAGUACGGGCUGCAGACCCUGGAGGAGAGCCCAGCCCCGGGCGACCACUUGCCGCAGUACCCGCCGCUGCACCACGACUACGACUACCCGCCGCACGCGCCGCAGGCCGGCAGGAGGACGGGCUCCGUCCGCAACAGGACCAGGGUGGCGCCGCCGCAGGACGACGACCCCGACGACCUGACGGCGGAGGGCACGCAGCGCCGGCCCGUCCCCGUCAUCCUGAGCCCCGAGGGCGCCGCCGUGCGCGUGCCGGCGCCCGCCCUGGCCAGCGCGGCCACGAGCAAGCGGCCGCCUCCCCCCGUGCUCCCGCCGCGGCUCGAGACGUACCGGCCCCGGGCCACCACGACCGCGGCCACCAGCACGGCGGCAACCACCACCGCCGCGCCCAUCAUCAUCCCGACCAGCACGGCCGCGACGGGCAUCGCCAGCGCGCCCACCAAGCGCGUCAACUACAGCUACCACCCCAUCAUCGACUUCUUCCGGCCGCUGGAGAAGCAGAUGUCGGCGCAGGAGCCACGGCACGGCGGUCACGCCCGCCCCGCCGCGCUAGCCGCGCCGCCCCCGGGGCCGCCGGGACCCCCAGCCCAACAGCUCAAAGAGGUCGCCGAGCAGAGGACGGCCCCCGACGACUUCCCCCUCCCGGGGCCCAGCUGGUCCGCGCAGCAAGGCGACUGGAACCCCAUCACCAGAACACCAGAAUCAUAGUCCUUCUCCCCUCGAGCCCUGUGUCGGUAAUCUCGUGAACGACGCGAGUGGUGACAAGACAUUGGAAUCAUACUGACCAGGAGGCCGACAUAGUGGACGUUGUCGGCAGGCGGACGAGGGAUGGCGAUGGCACGCUGUCGACUGUCGUCCAAGGCAGGAUGAAACGGAAUGAGUGAUUCGACGCAACGCUGCAACAUCCCGUGAGCUGUGAACAAUUUUAUAAAAAUCAGCAACAGUGGAAUGUUGUUUGCGUAGCAGUUUUCGCGAAGACGUUGACACUUCUACCCGAGUGAACAGUGAAAGCAGAUUGAAAACAUUAAUUUAUUGGUGAAAUUAGUGGAUAAUCUUAAUUUAUUUUCAGCGGACUACGAGCGCUUGCAUCUUCGAGACUUCGAGACCAAUAAUGUACAAAAGUGGAAUAAAAUCUAUACUUUAAAAAGAUCCAUA